AACUGGUGCAGUGCAAAAAACGCACUCUCAUCCUCACCGAUGGUGUGCAGAACAAGGGGGACAUAAAAAAAUCUUCUGAAACUGAAUCAUACAUUUUUUCCCUAAAGAAACAACAGAAAUAAUCAUCAUGAGCUACAAAUCCUUCCUCUCCAACCGACGUCCUUGGGACAAAGGCUCCCGACCCAAAUCCCUCAUGCCUUCCUCUCUGUACUCUUCUCCUCCGGCUCCUCCGUCUGGGAAAAGGAUCCCGAAGACUGCCUCCUCCUCCUUCUUCUCCUCUUUUCCAGAUGACUCCCAGAGGAUGAACCUGGCUAAGGCCAGCUCCAUCAACACCGAGUUAUUAGAAGUACGAUCCCAGGAGAGGGAGCAGCUCGUGGACCUGAACGACCGCUUUGCCACCUACAUCGAGAAAGUGAGGAGCCUGGAGCUACAGAAUCUGGCCCUGCUGGCUGAGCUGGACGCAUUAAAGAGGCGGCAAAACGACCCGUCCCACCUGCAGGCGCUCUAUGAGGGGGAGGCCCGGAGCCUGAGGGCCAUGAUUGAUUCAGAGAGCGGUGAGAAGAUGCGUAUGGAGGCGGAGAAGGACUACCUGCAGGACGUGUACGAGCAGGUGAAGGAGCGCUUUGAGGAGGAGGCGAGGCGGCGUAUGGACGCUGAGGAGGCCCUGCAGAGAGCCAGAGAGGAGGCGGGACGCGCCGUUCUCUACAACUGUGACGCGGAGGCCACCGUGAUCUCCCUGUGUGAUGAGAUGACGUUCCUGAAGAAGGUCUUUGCGGAGGAGCAAGCCGAGCUUCAGAACCAGCUCCAGGUGGCCAACAUCAGCGUGGACGUGGAGCUGAGCAGGCCCGACCUCUCCGCAGCCCUGCGAGACAUCCGGGUGCAGUACGAGCGGCUGGCCAACAAGAACAUGCAGGCCGCCGAGGACUGGUACCGGAGCAAGUUUGCCAGCGUGGCGGAGGUGGCCAGCAAGAACAACGAGGCCGUGCACGCCGUCCGGGAGGAGACCAGUGAGUACCGGAGGCUGCUGCAGGCGCGCUCCGCGGAGAUCGAGGCGCUCGGGAACGUCAUCAACUCCCUGAACAAGCAACUGGAGGAUCUGGAAGACACGCAGAACAAAGAGGUGGAGAAAUACCAGAUGAGGAUAAGUGAACUGGAGCAGGACAUCGCCGAGGCUAAACAAGAGAUGGCUCACUACCUGAGAGAGUACCAGGACCUGCUGAAUGUCAAGAUGGCCCUUGACAUUGAAAUAGCUGCGUACAGGAAACUCCUGGAAGGAGAAGAGAUUCGACUGACUUACCCUUCCUUUCCGGCCCUAACUUAAAAGCCUGACAAAAACCUGUAUUCCCCCCCCCCCCCCACCUUCUCAUUUCCUAAGACAUUAAUUUAUUUAGUCCCACGCCCACAAAAAAACCCCUAAAACAAAAACUCAUCUCUCCCAAGACGGCAGCGCCCUUGUGCUAAACAAGAGGUCCACAAGAAGUCCCCCUUCUUCUACACACGUUCUGACAAAACACACACCAGGACRACGGUACACGACAUCUGUGCACUGCAUUAGUUACGCUGCGAUGGCAGAAGGCUCGAUUGUUUUGGCCGAGUUUCUCUCUGUGACGCCGGAUAAAGUCCAAGCAGCAGAGCUAGCCAUCAGAUCCACCUCUCUGCACAAACAUCUGACCAACUGUUUGUGAAGGAGGACCUGGUUAUCGCCCCGUGCUUGGACUUUACCUGCGGCGCUGUUCACUCAAAGCUCCACCCAAUCAAUCGAGCGACGCCCACGCACCCUUACUUCUGAAGUAGAAUGAGUGAACCUGUAAUGUUAGAAAACUAUUAUUAUGUGACAAAAACACAUUUUCUUUCWUUAUAUUUAGUCUUUUUCUGCAUUUACGUGUGUAAAACUGUUACACAAACUGAGCUGGCUUUAUGGGUAAUUGAUCAUACUUAAUCCUACACAAGCCUUCACACAUGUAAAUGCUGUGGAAGAAUAAAUAUGUUGAUUCUUUUGUUUAUUUAGUAAAAUGUAGUGUAUCUCCAGGCUAACUGUGCUAGAAUUUUCUGUUCAGUGAGUUUAUUCGAAGCUAAAGAAGCAAAGAUGAAUGAUCAACGCAGGGCCUCCUUGUUGUUUGUGUGCUGACUGUAGAUCUAAACGGUGCUUUACAUCCAUUAAACUAACACCAGGUUUGGUGUACCUGUAACGGCCAGAAACAAGCAGAAUAAACAGAUAACUGACCUGCAUCAUA